UGUUGAUAAUCCAGCCAGUGGUUAACGCAUGGGACAGACAGCGUCGGGCACAUCCUGGGCGCAUCUGGCUCGAGCGCGAGCCGUAAUACGAUUAUCCGCAGUGCCGUUUCCUGCUCUUCGCUUCCAGUACUGCCCCUGCCCACACGCAGCAUCAUGCAGCUGGCUUUUGCGUAGCGCCGGAGCUGAGCUUGGAGAUUUGACUGCGCGUACUCUGAAGGCAGCGAGACUGCGCUGGCUUCUCCCCCCUUUGCUCACUGCUGACGGCAGUAUAGGCGGCUCACAUUCGGCAUAGAAGGAAAAAGACUAUUUUUUUGGUAUAUGGAAAGGACCUCUUUCUCGCAUAAGGAAAAAACUAACGUCUUAUAACGCUGCCUGACGUGGAUUUUCCGAAUUAAUGGUCGUGACUCAACGCGCGUGAUUUUGGCGAGGUCGAGUCGGCGGCAUCUGCAGUGUGGCCGUAGGGGGGGGAGAAAAUCUUCAGCUGAUCGCCGUCAUCCCUUGAUCUCGUUUGUCUGCAUCCUAUCUGGCUGUGAAUGGGCCGUGUUUUGUGAUUAUCUGCAGUCAUUUAGUGUCAACCGUGGAAGAAGAUGGCGGACAGGGCUGAGAUGUUUUCGCUCUCCACCUUCCAUUCCCUCUCUCCCCCUGGCUGCAGGCCAGCCCACGACAUCAGUCUGGAGGAGUUCGACGACGAGGAUCUGUCGGAGAUCACGGACGACUGCGGGAUUGGGCUGAACUACGAUUCGGACCCGUACGAGAAGGAUUGCCUCAUCCUGGAGAAAAACGAUGUCCAUCACCCCGUCUGCUCCUUCCAAGACGACUUCCAGGAGUUCGAAAUGAUCGACGACGACGACGAGGACGACAACGAAGAGGAGGACGUGGAGGAGGAGCCGGAGACCCCGCCCUCUACCUCAGUCUCGCCGCCCUCCUCUCCAGCGCUGGGCACGCUGCAGAAGAGCCGGCCAACCACACUGAACCUGACCGCCGCGGUCUCCCAGGACUCAUUGAACAACAACAGCAGUUUAUCUCCACGGAAAGCCAGUUGGCAGGAUUCUGUCCGCAACCCCGCCUCUCAAGGACGAUUGUCCCCGGCCCAUUCUUGCCUUGAAGAUGCUGACCACGCCAACGGCCAAUGUGCUGCCGCCCCGAGUCUCGAGUCCCAGAGCAAAGGUACUCCCCCAGAACAGCCCGGGGACACUGGCCACACUCGGUCACCCCUCAAACCUCUCCUGUACGACCUCGAGGGCAACCGACGGGAAAAUCCGGAAUACGGAUCUUUUGGUCAACACAAAACGUCCAGUGGGCCAGAUAGCGGUGCGGAACCCAGCGCCGAACUCUCCGGAUCGACUGAAACCGUCCCGACUGUAGAGGAAGCACAGAGCUCCGACACGGAGGUCGACCACGACCUGAACAGCGACUCUGCCAAAAGGUGCCAGUCCAGACAGACCAACGACACGUACACCGUCACCUCAGAGUCCGCCGCCGACCCCGAGCUUGAGAACGACGUCACCUUUGACGGCACGAGCAACUGUCUGUCCACGGCCCCGGUGGGCGGGGACGCCGGCACCCCUCUGUCUGACGAGGAGGAGUUCGACAAAGAAUUCGACAUCAUGUGCAAAGAAGGCUAUGAUGACCCCGCCUGUAAAGGAGCAGGGGGUUUGUCCUACGUGGAGUUCCCUUCGAUCGAGCCGUUCGAGCCAGCUUCCUUCUCCAGCUACGUGUCGUCCUCCAGCCGAUCGGACGCGGACCUGGGGGGCGCCCGCAGCGAAAGUCAAGCGGCGCCUCAAGACGCUCCGUCCGCCGCGUCGCACGACACAAACUCUCCUUCCUCUGACCCUGGCAUCGCAGACAUGAACAGGAAAUCUGGCAGGCGGUACGCGGCGUCCGACCUGAACAGCGACGACCUCAGCUCGCCGGGCUCAGACUCGGACAUCGAGGGAGAGCUGGAGGCGGCCUUCGCCUGCGGCGGACCCCUGGUCAGCCACAUGAUCUCGUCCAUCUCGGAGACGGAGCUGGACCUCACCAGCGACGACAGCAGCAGCGGACGCUCCUCCCACCUGACCAACUCCAUCGAGGAGGCCAGCUCCCCGACCUCCGACCAAGAGCCGGAGCUGGAGCUGGAGCUGGAGCAGGACAGUGGGAUAGUCGCCGUCAAGGCCGCCCUGCUACUCGGCCAGCCGGAUCCUGUCAAAGACGAGUCUUCACCUAUAGCCCCUUCAGAGUCACAGGUCCUGCCAGACCUUGAGGACGGCCAGGCUCAGCAAGGUCUGCAGGACGUCGACGACUCAGCCCGUGAGCACGAGCACGCCGUCGACCCAGACGAAACGCUGCCGCCCGCCGCCCGCUGCGAGGACGGCCUCUCCAGGCCGCUGGUCCUGAAGAUUGAGCCUGACCACAGUCUGGAGAGCUUCAAGAGAUCUUUCUACCUGCCCGUGGGCCCCAAACUCAUGCCCACUGUCGACGACAGCGAGUGUGACUCGGACUCAGAGUCGGAGGAUGAACUUAGCGAGAACUCGGACUCCCCCUGGCUCCUUAGCAACCUAGUUAACAAGAUGAUCUCGGAGGGCUCGUACCCCAUCAGCUGCCCAGAGGACUGCUUCAAGAGGUCUCACUCCAUCGCUGACACCAUAUCCCCAUCCUCAGACCUGGAGACAGACGCUUUUAACGAGUCCAUAGACACCGAGACCCACCCAGAGACAGCAGAAUUUGAAGCGGCGAAGGGCGAAGUGCAGGUCGAAAGCUCAGAGGAAACUAUGGACCCAGGUGUGAGAACGAGUGCAGAUGGUAUGGAGGCCCCUGCAGCCGUGGACAGGAGGAUGACCUCAGGGUCUGAAGAAGAUGUGCCGGAAAUGAACCCUAGAUCAAGCCCCUGCCUGUACCUCAGUAACCCCACCAACGACAUGAUCAGCCCAGUCUUCAUGGACGGAUACGACACCAGGAUAGCGAAUCAAGUGGCCUCUGAACUGGACUCGAACCAAACUCACCGUGCCGUAGACUCCAAAAACCUGCGGCAGGAGGAGGCGGAGCCCAACAAUGAUCUCUCGAUGGAGAUGAACAGACUAGAGUCGCCGUGUCCCAGCGAGAGCGUGGCGAGCGACAAGGACGACGGGCGCGAGCAGAAGGAGGAGGUGAGCGCGAUGGACCGCAUCAAGGAGAUAAAGAACAGCCUGACCCUGGACAUCCCCACCGCCCAGACCAACCGCUGCUUCAGCUUGACCUACUCCACCGAGAACGAGGAGGACUCCCUCUACCCCUUCGGCGACGACUACCUGGACAGCUGCCCCCCCGUGGACGACAGCGUGGAGGAGCUCCCGCCCGCCGACGCCCUGAGGGCGGCCCGGCAGCUGGACGAGUCCCUGGCCUACGACUCGGUCAAGUACACGCUGGUGGUGGACGAGAACACCACGCUGGAGCUGGUCAGCCUGAAGCGCUGCACGUCCGUCCUGAGCGAGGACAGCGAGGUCUCCGGGGGCGACGACGACGACGACCGCCGCCACCUGGAGCUGGACGACGAGUUCGGGCGGGGCGGGGAGCGGCCGGAGGACGAGGUCCUCAGCUCCUCAGAAGACUCUUCCCCCGAGGCCGACGCCCCCUUCUCGAAGAAGUUCCUCAAUGUUUUCGUCAACAGCACCUCCCGUUCUUCCAGCACAGAGUCCUUUGGCCUUUUCUCCUGUACAAUCAACGGCGAGGAGAGGGAACAGACUCACAGAGCCGUGUUCAGGUUCAUUCCCCGACAUGCGGACGAGCUGGAGCUGGACGUGGACGACCCGCUGUUCGUGGAGGAAGAGGAGGAUGACUACUGGUACCGUGGUUACAACAUGCGGACGGGGGAGCGGGGCAUCUUCCCCGCCUACUACGCCCACGAGGUGGUGGGACAGGUGAAGGAGCUCGCAGGGACGAAGAGGAACACGGCCUGGAUGGAGAGCUUCAACGCGCAGUUUCUGGGCUCGGUGGAGGUGCCCUAUCACCAAGGCAACGGCAUCCUGUGUGCAGCCAUGCAGAAGAUCGCGAUCGCGCGGAAACAGACGGUCCACCUGCGGCCCCCGGCGGUGUGCGAGCUGGAGGUCAGCCUGCAGGGCGUCAAGCUGGUCAUGAGCCUGGACGACGAGUUCGGGUCUGUGGAUGAGUUCGACAGGUGCAGCCACUUCUUCCAGAUGAAAAACAUCUCCUUCUGCGGAUGCCACCCAAAGAACAACUGCUACUUUGGGUUCAUCACCAAGCAUCCCAUGCUGAACCGCUUCGCCUGCCACGUGUUCGUAUCCCAGGAGUCAAUGCGUCGCGUGGCGGAGUGCGUGGGACGAGCUUUCCAGGAGUAUUACCAGGAGCACCUGGAGUACGCCUGUCCCACCGAAGACAUUUACCUGGAGUAGGAGAGAUGGAGCCCCAGAAGAAACAUCCUCUACUGAUGCCGUGCGUUUUUCAAAGGCUCCACCAGGGGGCGCUGAGUAGCUGUUCUGAACUGAUGGCUUUUUCUCCCCCUGAUCUUGAAUCACAUUGACAGAAUGCCCAAUUUCCUCUACCUUUUCUUUCUUUUCUACAAUACAUUAAGAAACACGAGGAGACUGAGGAGCUGCUUCUUAAAGAGGACAAAUCUUGUCAUAAUAAAUUAGUUAAACAACUUCAAAAACUUCAGUUCAUGCAUGGCUUCAAGGGUAUAGCACACAAACAUGCGAUGUUAAAAAAAAGUGAAAACUGACACACAAAAAAAAAACUAAACUAAAAGAUCUGUUGAAUUGUAUGGAUUAUGGGUUGGGAAUAUAUAUUUUUUUGUAUCUGUAGCAGACAAACAUAGCAUUACCAAAAUUCAAGAGUCUGUACAUACGAUUGUGUAAAGAAAGUACUAAUUGGAUUUAUACCGACGUUUAAACUCAAGUGAAGUUGGUUGUGAGUGCAGAUAGAGGUCUUAGCUAGAUCAAAUUACCAGACAAUGGAACAAGAAAAUGGAAAAGCCAACUUUCUUAAUAAAUAUAGUGUAAAUAUGCAAUUGCAUUAGGAAGUGGGUAGGAACACUAUUACUUUGUGGUUGGGGAGUGGUUAUAUGCUACACCUGUGUAAAUAUAUUCUGUAUGUAUAGACAUAGUAGAAAUAGGGGCUGCUCAUGACUGUGUUAGCAGCGUACACCUCAAUCAUUACCAGAUGCUGAACCGACAGGGGUUGCCAUUGGUCUUUUUAUCUGAGGGUGGUUUUGGAAUUCUCCGGAAUGUCUUCUUGGGACAUGACGGUCGCAAUCCAAAAAAAAAAGAGGGGAGAAAAGAGGGGGGCAAGGGAAGAAGCCAGAGGUAUACCGGAAACAGUCAUUCAGGAGGAUUGCUCUCGGUGGGGAAAAGUUCCAGGUUGAGAAACGUGAUUGCAUUACUGCCCAUUUCUGUUAUGACCAUUCCUGUCUGUUGAUGCUAAUGAGGUCAUUCUGCAGCCAGGGGGAUGCUGGGAUACCACUCAGCUUGUGUAGACCGUGACCGUGUGCACAGUCGUCACACAGCUACAUAGACACCACUUGACUAAGCUAACGUGUUCCCCUGGUAACUCGCAUGGGGAAACGUGACUGAAGCUUUGACUUGAUGGCAUUGCAGAAUGAUACGCAACCGUUUAAUUUUCUUUUGAAAAUACUUAUUUUUGGUUAAACACAAAAUAAUUUCUGGAGCAGUGUCUUACACACUGUAAGCCAUAACUUUACUGACUGUUGAACACUGUUGCUGUAAGGUCACCUGUUUGUAGAUAAGUGGUCUCUCUGAGAAAAAGACUGACAUGCAUGAAUACGGUGUGUGUGUGUGUGUGUGUGUGUGAGUGUGUGUCAGGGAGAUAGAGGCAGAUUAAGGCCAUUUAUCAUGUUGUGUCAGAAUCUCAAAUAUACUAUUGUUUCAUGGUGUAAGGCCUUUUUAACUAUUUUCACGAAAUAUCCAGAGAAUGAUUCUUUGAUAUGGACAAAAUCCAUUAUUCUGUUGCAGUGUGGAACAAUAUUGAAUGGUGCCAUGUGAAAACCUUCUGUUUGCUUUCUUAUCAUUUUUCCCAGCUAUUUGCUACACGUACAACCGAAAGUUGAAUCGCCGAAUCUUCUCUGAGGGCAUUUAGCACGUUCUUGUCAUAACCUGGGACACAAUAGAAAACCCAUCUGUGGGCUAAACAUGCCCCAGUGCCACCGUUAGCUGUGAUAACUGGUUGUGAUUACAUGCGGGGAAGUGCUGGUAUCCAAAGCAACAUCUCCGCCUGUCUCCUACUCUGCCCCUAAUGUGAUCUCGCCGAAUCCCCAGGGAAUAAAAGCCUGUUGUUGUGAAAACGGCUGUUUUAUACGAGAUAAGAGUGUAAUCCGCGGUAGGACCCUGCAUAUCAUCCGCUCCCAAUUGAUGCUGUUUAUGCUUGUCCUUUUCUUGCUCACUGUGGGCUGUGGUCAGGCCAAGUGAAGCAUCCCAUUUCCAGGAGACGAACAGGAAGUUAUUCGGGCAAAGAUGUGUCUUACAGCAUAGUCCAGGGAAAUGCACUUUGGGAGAAACAGAAUCUGUAUUGGCUGGUCUUGGUAAGCAGGAAAUGGCUUUUCUGGCCGCAAGCCGCGAAGCAGUCGUCCAUUUUGAGUUACUGUAGAUACUGUGCCUUUUUUCCUUAAAGUAGCUUUUUCUCAAAUCCAACAUGACAUGAUAAAAUAGCAGGGAGAUGGAAUAACUAGACUUAUUUGAAAAAUAGUUGCAGGGGUUCCCAUGUUAAAUUCUAUUUGUACUCAAAGCUGAGAAAACUAUUUUAAGACUGAACAGGAAUUCAAUAUUUUCAGUGUAAUUAACUCAAUCUUUUCAGUGUAAUUAACUCAUGAUAUUUGCUUUUAUUGCUUUUUAUUAUUGAUUUACAAUGUAGCAAAAAAUGACAUAAAAACAUGAUAUUUUGAGUUAAGUCUUAAGAGCGCAGCGUGGUUGGGGACGCUGUGCUAGUUGGAUUUCACUGUGGUCUCCAUGCUAAAGAUACGGCAGAUAAUAUGCCAUGUGCCCCCAUGAGAGUUAAACGGUAAACACACCUAACAUUGGUACACUGCUGCAUUUCCGAAAUAUGGUCUCAAACUGUGCAGUGAAUCUUUUUUUUUGUGUGUGUGUUUUAAAUAAACUCAUGACAGCUUUUUGUGUUUGAGUUUAUUUGCUGUUUGUUUGGCCUGUGCGGAAGAUCUCCACAUCUACUAUUGCUAAUUUGCAGAGUAGCCAUUUGGCUAAUUGGCUCUUUCAUACUUCUUGUUCCUCGAUAUCCCAGUUGAAUACAGUGCUUUCUGUGACAACAAAGUGCAUAAAUACCUUUCAAGUUGAAGAGGCUAUAAAAUUUGAUUGAAAUGCAUAUCACUGUUGUGCAUCUGCAUAAUGUUUAAAUGGAAUUGCAAUAGUGUCCUGUUGUCAUGGGUGGAAGUUUGUGACGAGACCAUUAGCCGAUGAGAGGCGUGUUUUGAAGCACAUAACUUAAUGUAUUGUGGGUUAGAUCAUUGUAAAUCCAAUAGAAUGUCAACACUGAAACUGUGUCAUUUAUAUUUAGUGCGCUACGAAAAAACAAAUAUGUAAAACACAGACGGAAGGGCCGGUACUAUAUUUGGCCCAAAACGCCACAAUGGGAAAAUUGUAAAAAAAAAAAAAAAUUAUUGUACAGGACAUUCUGUUUUCCUAUUUUUAGCCAAUUUUGUUUUUAAUGCCGAUUUAUGUUGUCUUGUGUCUGUCCUUAACUGUGAUACAUUAAAACUGUGUGAGCACCAUUUUCUACACGCCCAGUACUUACUGCAAACGUGUCUCUUCCAGGCGGCAUACAUUACCUGCGUUUGGGCGAGUGACACGACUGUAAUUAUUCUCCAGGCUCCCAUCGCCGGCUCCACUGCAGUAGACGCCUGUGUUAGAGCUGUGUAGAGAACAGGGGCCCAAGCAGGACUUGUACAGUUAACUUUCAUAAAGAGGCCUCUCGCUUCUUAAACGAUAGCGUAUAUUCCGUAUACAGCAGUGUAUCCCUUAGCUUUGUGUCCGCGCAAGCACAAAGGUUUUCAGCAUUUUACAAUCUCGAAAUGGCUACUUUUAAAUACACUCCUGUCCUGGUAGACACACCAGCUCCCCCAGGUUCUCGUAACCUGUAUAAUCCGUAAUGGUGUAACUUAAAAAUAAAAUUCUUCACUGUAUAACAAAAAAAAAAAAAACCAAACAAACAAACAAACAAAAAAAAAAAAAGAACACUUCAGUAUGUGAUGAUCUAUCUAUCUUGUAUCUUCAAAAUAAGGACUUGUAAAAAAGAAAAAAAAAAGAAAAGAAAAACACAAAUUUAUUCACACUGACUUGUCAUGGAUUUGGUCUUACAGUAUGAAUAAAAUAUAUGCUUGACGUCA